UGACUCCCAUCACUAAAAGUGUUAGCUUGUAAAAUUGUUGAGAUUUAAAAUUGCUUAGACUGGCUAUAAUGGUCAGGGUUUGAUCCCAAAUACUCGUUACCUGCAGACGCAGAUUUCGGCGAAUACAGGCAGGCAGAACGUGAAACAGAUGUAUAUAAACUACAGCCGCUCCUCAGCGAUCAACCAGACCAUGGAUACUUCCGAAUCGAUGAAUACGUAUACGGAGGGAGACCAUCUGAACGGCUCCUUUCGCCUGCAGUGCUCGAUGUCCUCUUUGGACUUGGAAAGUGAAAGUGAUUUAUCUCUCGCUUUCGAGCGCGAAGAGCAGUCUCCAGAUGGAAGCUGUGACGAGCUACCGGCCUUCGAAAUCCGCGCCUUCUCGCCCCAUGGGCGCACUCCUUCGCCCAUCGACGACCUCAACCUUUCGGACAUCGAGACUCCCACGCAGCCGCUGAGGCAGCAGGUUUCUCCGGAAGAAGAUGAGCCCUCACGCAGGAAUGAUCCACAAUACGUGGCCCUGCACGAGAUAAACGCCCAGAUAAGCCCGCCCAGCGACGCCAAUGACUCCAACAGCCUGGAGACAAUAUUCGAGGGAGUCUUCCUAAGCACACCGCCUCGCGAAAAGGUCACCAGCUCCAAUUCCCGCUUCACGCCCAAGCGCAGCCGGGCGAAUCUCAUUGAACUAAUGGCCAUUGGAAACCGUCUGCACGGUGGCAAGGAGAACCAGUCGCCGGGAGCGCGGGUCUCCGAUCCGCAGUCGCCAUCGCCUCCAAAGGACCCUAGCAAGUAAAUACCCAACUGAUUCCAACCAAAGCCAUGGAGCCCUCGCUCAGACUGCCAUCGACGUUUUAGACUAAGUUAGCAUUUACCUGAAUUAGUGAUUCUACCCGGCCAGCAGGUGUACACCUCGAUGUGUAUUCGCGGCUGAUCCUUGAGUUAAUCUUCGCUACGUGCCCUGCGUUUUCUAAUGUCAGUGUUAAAUAAAGAUUGUCUUACCAUGUUUCAAACAUUAA